UCUCCCCGUCGCCCUCCGCCCGCGGCUGAGCCGCUGCCGCUCCGCCCUUCCGCUUCCCGGCGGGUCAGAGGUGUAUCGGGCUGGGAGGCGGCGCGGGCCGCAGUUCUGCCGAUGGCAUCUUUUGGCUGGAAGAGAAAGAUCGGCGAGAAGGUCUCCAGGGCCACUUCCCAGCAGUUUGAAGCAGAGGCUGCGGAUGAGAAGGGUCCGGGUGAUGAUGAGGAUGAGGACUGGGUGCACGCCGCGAAGAGAAGGAAGGAAGUUCUCCUCGAAGGCUGCGUAAAGAAGAGCAAACAGCUGAAGGAUGAGGGGGCAAGUUUGGCUGAAAAUAGGAGGUACCGGGAGGCUAUUCAAAAGUGGGAUGAAGCACUUCAGUUAACUCCAGAGGAUGCUACACUUUAUGAGAUGAAAUCACAGGUCCUGAUGUCUUUACAUGAAAUGUUCCCAGCAGUGCAUGCAGCAGAAAUGGCUGUUCAGAGGAACCCACGUUCCUGGGAUGCCUGGCAGACUUUGGGACGUGCCCAGCUGGGAUUAGGAGAGAUAGCACUGGCAAUCCGGAGUUUUCAGGUAUCCUUACACAUCUUUCCAAUGAACCCUGAAGUAUGGAAGGAGGACCUUUCUUGGGCAAGAAAACUACAUGAACAGCAGAAGGCAACACAGACUGAAGCAGUGCAAUCACAGGCCAAAGGAAAAGAGGUUGCACAAGCAUCGAUCCCAGACUAUGACUUUGAAAGUGAUGAAAUUGUGGCAGUCUGUGCUGCCAUUGCAGAGAAGGAGAAGGCUCUUUCAGAAGCUAAAACUGUAGUGAUCGUGUCUGCUUCAGGCACAGUAGAGACUGUUACUGAGAAAGAGAAUUGCACUUCAACUCCUGAUGAAUCCAUUUUUAUCAAAGCCCGAUAGGGCAGCCCUGUGGAUUGUUGGUGCUGUUUCAAAUGUCGUUUAUCACAUUGGAUUUUGUUUUUUUUUUUAAGCAAAAAUAAAAGAUUGAAAUUAUUUUUCUUUUGUAAAGUGAGAAAAAAAUGAUGUGAGCUGUUUUUCGACAGGAAAUCCAAGAUUUUAUUUUGAAAAUCUCAUUCAGAAAUGUAAUGUUAAAACACUUGACUACUUUCUCUUGUUGACCAUUUUACAGGUAAAUGUCUACAUUUUCUGACUAAUUAAUGAACUUAUUUAAAAUGCAAAAGAAAAAGGGAUUUCAAAAUAUAUAUUUCAAUCCUUAAUCAUUAGCAUUAUUUAUCUUCCAGAUAUGGUGAACUGUUCUCUAUUACCAGAAGCUUUUAUUUUCAUUAAGAUUAAUUUUCCUAUGGUGGUGUUUUCUGUGAAGCAGAGAUGGACUUUAACUUUUUUGUUUGUUGUGUCUGUGAUGGACUGGAGAUCUGAUCUGUAGUCAAACAAAAUUAGUAAAGUCUUUCAUGCUGCUUUCAAAGGGGAAUGGUUAAAUACUUCAGAUGAAAGGCAGUGCUAUACUAAACAAGCACCUGGAUGCUUCACUGUUAUUAAAUGUUUCACUAGAAGAGCGAAGAUUCAGCUGAGACUGAAACUGGGCUUUUCUUAAGUGCUGUACUACAAAUACCACCGCAAGUAAAAUGUUGGGAGCUGGAAAUAGAUAUUUCUACAUUUUAUGUAGCCUUUCCUUAGUCAGGCUAGUCUUAUAAAGGGGAUCAGUUUCCUUUUAACAGUUCUUGCAGGCUGCCAACUAAAUUAUGGUCUCGGUUGUUCAGGGCAGCAUUGGCUGAGUCUCCAUUUUUAUUCUUUUUGGAUUUUAGAUGCUGUGGUGGAUAUUCAUAACUGAAUAAACUUACUUCAUCUUUGUUUAGAGGGAAGAUUGCCGCUGGUUCCUUGUAUGAAACAUUUAGAGAAAUAAAAUCAGGCAGUUUCUCUGAUGUAUUCUUUGCUAAGACUACCCUCUUUUUGUUGUCAGAGGAGACAGGAUAGAGAUGAGAGCCUCCAGACUGAACUGGAUAAUCGUCUACUGAAGAAUUCUCAAAAAUUCAGGGUUGGGAACAUAUUUUCACUUAACUUUUGAAAUAUUUUGAAUGGAAAAAAAUACUUAAAAUAAUAGUGAAACCUUUUGAAAUUUCUACAUCUUUAAUACUUGAUUUCUAUUUAAAAAAAAAAUAAUAUUAUUGUUGCCCAUGAAGCAUGGUGAAUUUUGCAAUAGAAUGUUUAUUGUGGAAAAGUCACACAACUCAAAGCAUAGUUCAACUGAAUAUUGCUAAUUCUUAAGAGGACAGCUAAGUUUUUUGUAGAAAUUAAUUAUCCUUUUAAAAGAGUUAAUUUCCACGUUCUCACGUGACUAAGCUUUCAUUAUAUUUUUGCAAAUACAUGGAUAUUUUUUUAGAUCUCUGUGCAUGCACACAAAUAAUAUGCACUUUUUCACAUUUAAGUAUCCAAAGUAAUUACAAUUACAAUGACUAUUAAAAAAAUGUAAGACAUCACCAUAUUAUGUGUUUGUUUGUUCAGUUCUGAGAUAGAUUUUUAAAUGCUCGUUGAAUAGGUAUCUGAUUCUUGUUUAAGAUGCUCUGCUGUAUAAUUUCUUCAUCUUGUUGUUUUUGUUUUGUUUUGUAACAAAUAAUACAGUCUGUUCAGCAAUAGGAGGUGUUAGAAAAGUUUGACAACUCUCUUCAAAGAAGAGACAUUCUCUGUUUGGAAAAGGAAACAUGCAAAAAAGCUGUAAGACAUUUUCUGUUUUCCAUUUUGAAGUAGUUUGGCUGUAAUCAAGUAAAUCUUUCCUUUCUUUGCGUUCUGUAAUUGUAUCAUUGUUGUGUAUUUACUCAUGUGGAAAGGACUCCUUUAUUCCUUGCAGAGGUCACUGUUAUCACUGUUUCUGCUUCCACUGAAAUGAUUUGCAAAAUUACUGUUGACUUCAGUGCUGUUGGUCAAAGUUACGGCAGUGCACAUCUGUACCAUCAGGCUCAACAGAUGUGUUGGGCUGGAGGUGGUGUUGUUCCCAUUCCCAGUACUAAGUGUGUUUUUAUUCUGAUGUUACUAGGUUAUAAAUUCUAGGUAUUGUCAGUAAUAUAUGAAACAGUUAGCAGAUAAUUUAUUGUGAACAUGUUACUCUUAGGGAGGAAGCUUCACUACUGAUACUCUCCUGAUACUGCAACCUCUCUCCUUUUUUGUACAGCAUGCCAUGUUUUGCAUGUACAGGAUUUUCUGGAUAUGUUUGAAUAAAAUAAUGACUUCUC